CUUUAAAACUGAUUGCAUGAACAUUACAUGUGAUUAAAUGUGCGUGAUAGACGCAUUACGAUGCGUGACGAGCCAACCGACGACAAGCGGGUAUCAGAUUCUGGGAGCACUAACAAUGAGCACACACUACUAGCUUUCGUCAGUAGAAACGCAACGGUUGGCUCGGGUGAACGUUUGCUCGACGGCGCUCCGAACUCUCUAAGCGCGCCGUGUGAGAGAACGAGUUGUGUAGUUGGUUGCAAUAUUAUCCACGUCUCUCUGCUUCUUUCUCUCUUCAUCUCUCUGUCUCGUCCCCUUCCUUCCUGCCCCUCCUCUCUUCCUCCAACCAUUCGCACAUGCAUGGAUCCCGGCUUGUCCAUUGCCGCGUCCCCAUUGUGCACUGGUGACGAUCGUCCCACCGCGCACGUGUACUCGUCGACAAGCACCGGCUAUCUCGGACAUCGGAUCCCGAUUAAACAUCAGGCAUGACCAACAACAAACAGUCAUGGUUCCGCGGUGUGCGAAGCAGCAAGUUUCGGCACGUUUACGGUGUGCCAGCGAAAAGGGAGAAAUGCUACGACAACAUCAAGAUCACGAAGAACGCUCACGAUUCGCAGUUUUGCGCCAUAAAUCCGAAGUUUCUGGCCGUUGUGACGGAAGUAGCAGGCGGUGGAGCAUUCCUGGUGUUAUCAUUGGAUCGUACUGGCCGCCUCGACUUCAAUGCCAGCCGAGUAACUGGACAUACCGGUCCCGUUUUGGACAUCAAGUGGAAUCCAUUCAACGAUAACAUCAUUGCAUCAUGUUCCGACGAUUGCACUAUAAAACUGUGGCACGUGCCCGACGGCGGAUUAUCGAGAAAUUUGACUGACUGGUUGGUGGAGCUGCAAGGACACAAACGGCGUGUCGCUUAUAUCGAAUGGCAUCCGGUAGCGGAAAACGUGCUCUUCAGCGCCGGCUUCGAUCAUCUUGUUAUUGUGUGGGAUGUCAACAGAUGCGAGGCGGUGAGCAUCAUCGACAGGCAUCCCGAUGUGAUUUACAGCAUAUCCCUAAAUCGCGACGGCAGCUUACUAGCCACCACUUGCAAAGACAAGAAGUUGCGCGUUUUUGAGCCGAGAUCCGGCAUCGUUGUCUCGGAAGGGGUGUGUCACGCCGGCACGAAAGCGAGCAAGGUGGUAUUCCUCGGCAGUUCUGGGCGUCUCUUGACCACUGGAUUUAGCAGACAUUCGGACCGACAAUACGCGAUAUGGAGUCAACAUGACCUGACCGUCCCCCUGACGUGUGAAACGAUAGACUCAUCGAGCGGGGUGGUUUUCCCGUUUUACGAUAACGAUACCAAUAUGGUAUUUUUAGCCGGGAAGGGUGAUGGCAAUAUUCGCUAUUACGAGGUGGUUAACGAGGCACCUUGGAUGCACUACCUUAGCCAAUUUAUAUCCGGAAAUCCUCAGAGAGGGUUGGGAGUAAUGCCGAAAAGAGGCAUCAGCACAUCCAUGUGCGAAGUGUUUAGAUUUUACAAAUUACACGCAACUCGCGGAAUGUGCGAGCCGAUCUCGAUGAUAGUACCUCGAAAGAGUGAUCAGUUCCAAGAGGAUUUGUAUCCCGAUACAAUUGGAACGUGUCCCGCACUAUCGGCCAGAGAUUGGAUCAGCGGUAUGAACAGCCCGCCAAUCUUAAUUUCUCUCAAGACAGGUGGCAGCAUCUCCACGCAUAAACCACGAAUAUACAAGCCGCCGCAGCUGCCCGCGGCGACCGAUCUGAACAACAAGAAGAAAUUUGCGUUUUUAUCUACGGAAACCAUACCGGAUUACAGGCCGGUAGAAUUGCACAAUAUGUCUGAGAAAAGUCAGAAGACGUCUAGCAAUCAGAGCACAAAGUUUCAGCAGCUUCAGCAGAAGUUCGGAAACGUUGUUAUACAGAAGAAUAUUAUAUCAUCUCCGCUUAAUGACAAUAAAGUAAUGGAGACUGUGGAUGUUCCGAACAAUGAGGCGGAACUUCGACUGGCGUUCGCUCGUCAGACCGACGAGUUGAGACUAGUGCGACGGCAGCUCGCCAACAGUCAACUGCGCGUCAAGGAAUUGGAGGACCAAAUACGAAAGUUGCAGCACCAGUAGAAGCGAGAACGUUACAGGCGCCUCGAUAUACCGGCUUUGCCGAGCAAGACUUGCUUCACGGCUAAGCGUGACUAGCGAGCCAAUACUGGAAAUUUAUAGAGUAUUUAUGUACCGCUAAACAUAUAGUAACAAGGAGCCUAAGCUUUCGAGAAUUUUAUCCUAACGCGCUUAGGACGUCAGCUCUAUGAUACUCAUACAUAAAAAGGUAUUCGCACAGAAGUAUUUUUACCGAUUUUUUCUGUUAAUCUACAAAUUUUGAUAUAGAAUGACAUUUGUCGAGUCGAGUUUAACACAUUGGCCACAAAGAAGGGAAAGGAAGCGAAGGGCCCCGCAUUUGUUAUGUGAAAAUUGUACCUGUUCGCACACAUGCCUGGAUGCGUAAGUUGGAUAUUUGCGUGUAUACGUGCAGAAUUGUAUAUGAGUAAGGAAUGAGGAGAAGCACAAUAUCUUUUUUAGAACGGCAGCAUAAAAGUAAUUUCAUAUAUAUUGUCAAUUAGAUAACAUUUUAUUUUGAGAAUGAUAUCAUUUGUUGAUACUAGUCUGUUAAUUGAUUGUUAACUUCUAUUGCCGUUUCAUUUAUUGAUUAUUUAAGUCUUUAAUAUAUUAUUUAAUAUAUUGCUUAAUCCUUAGAGAGAGAAAAAACUUUGGAGGACAAGUAUUUCUUUACGUACUAUCAUGUUGGAAGAAUAUUUCUUUUGUUUAUAUCUUUGCAACGAGUAAACUAAUUUCGUUGCUGAUCUAUUGCAUUAAUAAAUGUCACGCUAUAUUCUACAAUACUGCAACGCUAUUACUUAUAUCGUGCGAAUAAACUAGCGCAUUAGUGCACUAAGUAUUUUGCUAUCGCGUGUAUCUUUCACUGCCAUCUAUACACUGCCGUGAUGUCGAUGGCAAUAAUAAAAUCUUUAAAUCUAUUAACAGCAGUGAGAUAAUACUUAAUAAAUGUUGUGAAUACUUGCGAAUUAUUUUAAUCGCUUUUUACACGAGAAACGCAAUAAAUAAUAAACUCGCGGUGUGACGUACGCGCAGCGAGAUCAUUAGACAGCGUAUAGCCUUAAAGGGAAUAGCGAAUGUACUAAAACAUUUAUUUCUCUAGCAUUAAUCUCUCGCAAUUUGGAGAAUUAUGCCAAAUUAUAUAUUUGCUUGACAACAAUAAUCAAAUCAUGUGUGUGUGUAACGAUUUAUACGUUUAUAUAUGUAUUUUUCAUACACAGUGUGUAAUUAUAUCGUGAGUCGACAAAUAUAGUACCUGGAUACUACACUUCACAUAUCGCUUGUGAUCAAGUGAGUGUAAAAUUUCGUUAUUCGUAAAAAAAAAAACAAACAAAUAUAGUAAGCGUAAGUCCUGGAAUUUACUGAUAUAGCAGCAUCUAACGUAGCAUUUCCCUAGUCUCUUUCUUCAUCAAUUAUUUACUUAAUCGCCAUUAGCUUUAAACAUUUUUUGGUCCACACACAAAUAAUAUGUCUAAAUUAAAAUCUUCUCUUAGAAACGAUGUACAAUUGUCACUUGGAAAAUACGGAGCUACCUACGUGCGUUAUAUUAGUGAUACACACAUUGCGUAGUUUGUAGAUAUAUUUUCGAUAUUUAUACCCAAAGCAAUUUUCAUGAUAUUUAUAAAAUAAAACAAUAACGAUCCACCUGCGUGAUGAACGUUAAGAUACGACAUUUCGCUACGAAUUAUAUAAAUUUGCUUGCGAUGCAUCAAGACUUGUAUGUCAUAUUUAUCAAUCAAAUAUACUGUCGAGACCCAGUCGUGUGAUACCGCGCACUAAACAGAAAUACCAAAGAGUGUUGUUAUCUCACACAGAUUACAGGCGAAUUUACUGUCGCGUGUCAACUGCUGAAUGAAUUUAUACACAGAACAUCAAAAAUUAUAUGUAUACCACAAGCAGGGAUCUCAGUAAUAAAAAAGAAACAUUUAGUCA